AUGUACCUGGCCAGCCUGAAUCAUCUUUGCCACCUCCACCUUUGUCUUGCCCUUCACAGAUUUGCCGUUCACUCCUGUGAUCUCGUCGCCAGCCGCCAGAGUCCCCUCCAGAGCAGCAGGGGUGUUGUCAAAGACCUGACAGAGAUCCCAGUUACAGAGAUGGUCAGCGCUAUCCUGGACCUUGGGACGUCCCACCCUUACCUUAACCCCUAUAUAUGCCUGCAGUCAUAUAUCUUAGUGAUGUCACUGCCAACGUCAUUACCUUCUACUCAUGAGACCAAACCCAUGCCUACACAGCUACAUAAACAAGAGUUUCAGAGGUUCCAGAUCGACCUGGGCUGUGAUGAAGAUGACCUGGCACUGCACUUUAACCCACGCUUCAAUGAUGACACUGAUGGUACUGUGCUCGUGUGCAACUCAAAGAUUGCCGGCUGCUGGGGUGAUGAGAAGAGAGUGAUCCACAAUCUCCUCCAAAGGAGUUCUACAUUCAAGAUUGUGCUGAAGCUGAUGGGCGACAUGUUUGAAGUGGAGAUGCCUGAUGGACAGGAGAUCUAGUUCCCCAAUCGUGAAGGCCUAGACGUCAUUACCUACAUUCGUAUCAAAGGAGACCUCAAACUUACUUCUUUCAAAAUCUACUAGUCCCCAAUAUAUGAGGGGUGAUUUAGUUAGAUCAAUGGGUUAGGACAGGAGCAAUGACAUUUAUCAAAUCAUUGUUGUAAUAUAUGUAUUAGUGAACUGUUGGACAUAUUAAAUAUGUA